AUGGCUACUCUCAAAGACCUUCUGAACACCAAUCCAAUCGGCAUGAGCGAGGAGAACUACGCGCAGCUGCUGCGCUCCCUCGAGACCCUCAACUACGGCCAGCUGCGCCAGUACGUGCUGGCCCGCCUCAAGCCCCUCGUCGACAACGUCCGCAAGCAUCUCCAGGAGGACCCUGUCGGCUCGAUCGACCAGGUCCUCGACUUCCAGGACGCCUUCUGCACCAAGGAGCUGAUCCAGACCGUCCGCUGGAACCUCGCGCAGUUCCAGGUGAACGCGAAGAACCCCCGCAAGGCGCCGGCCGUGCGCAGCAAGGAGGCGACGGAGCUCUCGUACGCGACGGACUACAGCUUCCGGCGCAUCGUCUACCCGAUCGUCGCAGACCUCGCGAAGAUCCUCUACCUCCGCGCCGAGGAGGCGAACGUCCGGAACCCGAACAGCCUCGUGCGCUACAUCCCGCUCCUUAUCAUGUUCAACCAGCAGAACGCAAUCGGCUACCCGCCCCGCGUCGCCUUCCUCGUGACGCCAGUAGUAUAUAUCCUUGUGGUGCCCACUUUCGUUUUUUUGGGCCUGCACGGGGCUGGGCCCAAAAAAACGAAAGCGUCCCCCACAAGUGCGUCUGCGUGUGCCGGUCCGCCCACUAGGCUCCCACACGCUGGCGCUCGUUUACCUACUUUUCAACAGAAUAAAAAACCUGUAAAUUUUCAAAAAAAAUCGCGGCCUCCCCCCGGAACCGCCCAGCGUGGUGCCGUGCACGCCGGGAGGAGACCGCGUUGUCCUUGGAUGUGUGUGAUGCGUUCGCGCCCGGUUCAGCUGCCGGCCAGCCUGGUCUGCUCCCUGCCCCCGGGCCCGCACGACACCGAAGUGCGACAUACAGACAGCCCGAAAGCAGAAAGCAGGCCAGCGUUAUUUUUUUUUUCUGGGAGGCGGCAGUCAGGAAGUGCAAACCAUUCUGACGAAUUGAUUCUGAUCUGA